AUGGCGGCUCAUCGUGUUCUCUUACUUGGUGGCAAUGGAAAAGUAGCUCGGUUGUUAACACCGAUGCUCCUUCAACGAUCGUGGGAGGUUGCCAGUAUCAUUAGAAGCCCAGAUCAGGUUGCGGAGUUGCAGCAGAUUGGAGCGCAGACGAAUCAUAAGGGCAAGCUGGAUGUUCUUGUCCGCAGCAUCGAAGACGUCAAGAGCGAAGCACAGGCCAAGACCUUGAUUGAUGAAGUGAAACCUGACUAUGUUGUCUGGAGUGCUGGUGCUGCAGGGAAAGGAGCACCGGAGAGGACUGAGGCAAUUGACCGCGAUGCUGCAUGUCAUUUCAUUCGCGCAUCUGUUGCAACCCCGUCAAUCACUAAAUUUAUAUUGAUAUCCUUCAACAGUUGUCGUUAUGAGAAGAUGUCCUGGGUGACCGAGGAGCAUUGGCAGGAGUAUCUCAAGACAACUCGUAAUCCGUUGAAUAGAUACUACGAGGCCAAGAUCGUAGCGGAUAAGGUGCUGUGGGAGGAGGGAAAGAAAAGGAAGGAUUUCGCAGCAGUUUCCCUCCGUCCGGGCAUAUUGACAAUGGAGCCCGUUGGUGGCGUUGCCUUAGGGAAGUAUCCGCGAGUAGCAGGAACAACAAGCCGUCCAUCCCUUGCAUUCCGGCCAGGGUACCCCCGAUAUGCGGCACUGCUAGGCUCACAUCCGACCUUUCACAAUUUCCGUCGCUUCGGUCGAGUGCGUAUGCGGCUUCUGCUCAUAGCACAAGAUCGUGUGGCCGCCCUGGAACAGCAGUUAGACCAGAUUGAUGAACAAGAAGACCGCCAGUUAUUUCUAGGGUGCAUGCGUCGGGACAAGAAUGUCGAAAGACAGCAAGUACUAUCUGACCUGAAGGCUGCUCUCGCCGAAUAUGAUGACAUGUUAGAGAAGUGCCGUACAGUGGUAUCUCUCCCGGCAUCAAGAGGGCGGGACGUGCAGAACUUAAGAAAAUGGGUUGAUGGCACUGCCUGCCUGGAUCGCCAGGAAUCGAGCUACUUAGAGCACGAAAAUGACCUCAUAAACCCCGUUAAAUCCUUAGAGAAAUCAACGGCUUACACAGAGUCAUUUGUAGAGGAGUGUAUAUUCUGGCUAGAGACACUCAUGCACAAGUCGCUUCUUAGCUGUCAUAGUUGCUACGGUAGUGCUUUUGGGCCCGACGAUUAUUUUGAUGAAGAUACCAAAUUCAUUGGGGCGUAUAGUGGCAACUAUGCUGUCAGGCGUGGUAUUUCUCAUGACCCUAUCGUUCUUCACCCAAGCGAAGGCAUCUGA